CCCGCCGGGCUCCAUUGGCUUCCCAGCGCCCGAACCGCUAGUGGAUCCUGUUAUUGGCCAACUCUUGGACCGAGGGGUGUCCCCUCUGGAUAACCACCGCAUCCCCGGCUGGAGAGCUGCUGGGAUUGAACGCUUCAGCACCUGCUGCCGCUCGGGAAGCAGCCUUGGAGCUUCGGCUUCUUUUUUUUCUCCUACUUUGGGUACCACACAACCGCCACCGUGUCUCGCCAGCGAGCCAAGAUGUCCAAAGUGGCCAAAUACCGGCGACAAGUUAGUGAAGAUCCAGAUAUAGACAAUUUAUUGUCUACUUUGUCUCCAGAGGAGAUGGAGGAGCUGGAAAAGGAGCUGGAUGUGGUGGAUGCGGACGGGAGCAUCCCUGUGGAACGCAGUCAGGCAAAGCAAUCAGAAAACUCCUCACCUGGCCCACAAAACUGUGACACGGCGUUCAACCACCACGACAAGGACACCAGGACGCUCCUGCAGCGGGAACACUCGACAGACGAAAGCAGGUUGAGCAAGAAUAAGGGAGACAAAAAUCAAGAAGAAAAAGGAAAGGAAUCUCCCUCCAAAGACCUGGCCCAGAAACAAGACACUAGAGUGGGGAAGGACUCUAUAAAGGAAGAAAGUGUUCAGAAAACAGACCCGAAAGGUAAAGCUGAGACUGAGACCAAGACCAAAGAGAACAAAGCUAUGAACUCUAAAGUCAAGGCCAUGGAGAAAAAGCUGAUGGGGAAGGACAAGAAGGAGGAAGAGAAGAGUUCACUGCUGAGGGAGGACACAGGGAAGGACAAAAAGGAGGAAGAGAAGAGCUCAGAGUUGAAGAAGGAUUCAGGGAAGGAUAAAAAGGAAGAAGAGAACAGCUCAUAUUUUAAAAAGAAGGGUGCAGGGAAGGAUAAAAAGGAAGAAGAGAAGGUCUCAGCAGCAAAGGAGGAGACAGGGAAGGAUAAAAAGGAAGAAGAGAAGGUCUCAGCAGCAAAGGAGGAAACAGAGAAGGACAAAAAGGAGAAGAGUUCAGAAUCAAAGAAACAGGCAGAAAAAGACAUAAGAGGGGAAGGUAAGAAAGAAAAUUAUAAAAAAGAAGAGGAAAAGGCUUCAGCUGUGAAAAAUUUCAAGGCAGAUGAGAAGGAUAAAUCCCAGGCAAAAGCAGAAAAGGUAGAAAUGGUGGAGGAGAAACAGGAGGCCAAGGCAGGAGCUGGGAGCAGCCCUUCCAAGCCUUCCUCCAGCAGCUCUGCCGAUCAAGCCAAGGAUGAUGAAGCCUCCAGCAUCUUUGACGAGCUCAUCGAGAAGGUGAAGAACAACGAUGCUGAGGUGACCGAGGUCAAUGUGAACAACUCCGACUGCAUCAACAACGAGACCCUGGUGCGCUUCACCGAGGCCCUGGAGUUCAACACUGUGGUCAGGGUGUUUGCCCUGGCUAACACGCGCGCUGAUGACCACGUAGCCUUUGCCAUUGCCAUAAUGCUCAAAUCCAACAAGGUGCUGACAAGCAUCAACUUGGACUCCAACCACAUCACAGGCAAGGGUAUCCUGGCCAUUUUCCGGGCACUGUUGCAGAACAACACACUGACAGAGCUACGUUUCCACAACCAGCGCCACAUCUGUGGGGGAAAGACGGAGAUGGAGAUUGCCAAGCUCCUGAAGGAGAACACCACGCUCCUGAAGCUCGGCUACCACUUCGAGCUGGCUGGGCCACGCAUGACUGUUACCAACCUGCUGAGCCGAAACAUGGACAGGCAGAGGCAGAAACGCCUCCAGGAGCAGAAACUAGCACAGGAACGGGGAGAGAAGAAAGACCUCCUGGAGGUGCCCAAGCCUGGAGCACUGCCGAAGGGGUCCCCCAAGGCAUCCCCACAGCCAUCCCCCAAGGCUUCCCCCAAAAGUUCUUCCAAGAAAGGGGGGGCACCCACCAUGCCACCCCCACCUCCUCCUCCACUCGCCCCACCACUGAUGAUCAAUGAGAACCUGAAGAACUCACUCUCGCCAGCUACGCAGAGGAAGCUGGGAGACCGGGCACUGCCAAUCCAGGAGAAGAACUCUCGGGACCAGCUCCUGGCAGCCAUUCGCUCCAGCAACCUCAAACAGCUCAAGAAGGUGGAGUUGCCAAAGCUGCUGCAGUAGGGAGCGGGAGGAUUUUUCCCCUGCAGCCCAUGGCAGACACUGACUUUUCUUGUGACUGUUUCCGUGACAAGCCCUUUGGAACCUGCAGUGACCGACGCCAAGGAGCAGGGAUCUCUCUGGGUCAUGGAGGAUGGGCCAGGCCCAGGAGGACAUGAUGGAGGAUGUUGUAUUUAUUUUUUGAUGGUUGUGAAGCCUUCAAGCUCACUCUUCUACCAGCACCAUGCCCUGCCAGAGAUGCCAAGAAUAGAGCAGGGGUCUGCAGAGCUGAUCCUUAUGGAAGUCUCCCGUCAGAGCUUAAUGAAGGGGUUUGGCACCCUCUAUCCAUGGUCCAGCCUGGGGUGAGCAGAAGUACCCCCAGCCUUGGAGGGAGGAGGGGACUCCCAGACCAUCAUCACAUCACAUCACCACAAGGUGUCUGGGUGUCUGGCAGAGUUCUGGGAUUCAGGCACAGCAGUGGCUGCAGAGUCAGGGGUUUGGGUUUGAUGUCAGGAGGAAUGGGAGGGUCAGUGAAGGGAGCAGCCCCAGGGAGAGAGGGGGCAUGGGAGUGAUUGGACAUGGGGAGCCAGGCUGGGGCCAGGAGCUCAGGGCAUCUUGUAUACACUCACAGCACUGUGGGAAGACCCCCAGAACCCUCAGAGCAUGGAAACUAAAUCCGCCUCAGAGAGUAGGGAAAGCACUGGCUCAACGGGGGCAGUGGGUUUUGGGGUCGUGUGAUGCCCACCCUCCCCCCCCCCCCCAUGCAUCCUGUUGUGACACCUUGAUCAUGAUUUGUAUGACUGUGGCCACUGCAUCAGCAAUAAAGCUCACUCCACGCUU